AUGACGAAAAGGUCGCGAAAACCAUUCGAAGAUCUGGGAAGCAAACAAAAAAAGAUAAGAUCUGAUGAUCAUGCAGAUGAAAAUUCCAGUGAAUUAGCAUAUGCAGCUGCAACACGUUCGAAAGAAGAAGGGCAUGAUGAUAUCGCAUCUGUAAUCGAGUAUAUGAUGAAAAAUCCAGAAGCAGCCGUUACAAUUAAUAAAACGCUUAAGAAACCAUUGAAAACAGUCAUAUUUACACCAGAGAAAGUGCUUGGAUUGGUUCUUUCACUAAAACUGUCAAAGUGGCAAUAUAUUACGUUGGGAGAGGCUGCCAUUCGGGAAGGUGCUGAGGGUAUUUAUGCAUCCUACUAUAAAGUGCAACAAACCAAGCUUGAUUGCUGUCCUCCGAAGCAAUCAGUAUCAGUUACGGAUUCAUCGGCCAGGAUUACCCUUCAAGCUUUACUUGACAUCACGGUGACUAGGAUCCUUCAAAGUCUUUCUGAUGAUGUGCAAAAUAAACAGCUAAAGCUAAUAUCUAAGUGGGGAUUUGAUGGUGCUUCCAACCAAAGCCGAUACAAACAGAAAAUGGAAGGCGAGCAAGAUGAUUCAAGCAUUUUCAUGACCACAUUAGUGCCAUUAAAACUGACAGAUGGAGAUAAUACUUUAUGGACGAACCCAAAACCUUGCUCGGCUUUGUAUUGUCGUCCAGUUCAGUUUACUUUUGUAAAAGAGAGCGAAGCAGUUGUCAUUGAUCACAAAAGACAAAUGGAUGAUGAAAUUAAGGCCCUUAUCCCCACAGAAUGCAGUAAUAGUAACAGUGUGACUCAUCAACUAAUGAUGACAAUGAUCGACGGUAAAGUCUGCACUUAUCUUUCUGAAGCCAGAUCAAAUGCAUCGUGCUACCUGUGUUUAUCGAAACCAACAGAAAUGAAUCGCUUAGAUGCUGUAACAUCAAAGACCGUGUGUUCUGAUAUAUGUGAGUUUGGCUUGUCAUCCCUACAUGCCCGAAUAAAUUGCAUGGAAUGUCUGUUACACAUUGCAUACAGACUUGACUUCAAACAGUGGGCUGCGAGAAGUAAUGAGCACAAAGAAAUGUUGCAGACAACAAAGAAACUGAUUCAAAAUAAAUUUAAAGAUGAGCUCAAUCAGUUGAUUGAUAUAGUGAAACAAGGUUCAGGAACUACGAAUGAUGGGAAUACAGCCAGAAAGUUUUUCGAGUUUCCCAAAAAAACUGCAACUAUUACCGGGUUGGAUGAAGAACUUAUCAAGAGAUUUGCUGUUAUUUUGCAGGCAAUCACAUCUGGAGAAAAGAUUGACGUUGUCAAAUUCAAAGAUUUUGCCCGCAAAACAGCAGAAAAAUACGUGGAAUUAUACGACUGGUAUUACAUGUCGGUAACUGUGCAUAAAUUAUCAAUUCACGGGGCUGACAUAAUAGAGAAAAACGACAUUGUGCCUAUUAGGGACUCUUUCGGAAGAAGCCUUAGAGUCUCGAAAUAA